UACCCUCAGUAAUUGAAUGAUGUCAUGAGGAGUGACGUACAUGUCGUGAGCACAGGUGAUGACAGCAGAGCAUGUGACCGCGUUUGAUGCUCGCGCCACAUCUUGUCCGCGGUCUUUCGGUCAUCGCCCGCUGCUCGACAUGAUAUCGGUCGGUUUACGACGCUAUCAAUUCCAGCACUCUUACGAUGCGAGGUACGCCCGAUCGAGUUUUUGGAAGUCUGCUUUACUCUCUGUCCUCGAUACGAUGAGGGCCGCCAACACCGAGUUUGCAAUCCGUAAUCCCUCGGCCUGAGCUGUACAGGGCCCAUCCUAUUGUCGCGUCCAACGGGAUGCUGGUGAAGUAGACAUACAGCGAAGUGUCUUUACCGGAGCAUGGGAUGGAUCGAUGGAUGGGAAAAUCGCAAAGGUCUCAGGGCUCAGCUGUGAUGCUCAUGUGAUAUCUGCAGUCCUAUCGCGCGUAGGCGCGCUGCUGCUUUCAAUGCGCGCCUCACCCCAACGCUUCUUGUCUGGAAUCUCGCAAUCAGAGACGCACGAUCUGCCCAGCAUAUCUUGAAGCUCGACGAGACCAGCAGUCUCCGACAGACGAUUCCCCCCGCGGCUUCUCCGUCGCAUCCGCUUCCAUCAUCUCCGUGACUCGUGAGCGAGGAUCUGCCUCCAACGUACUGCAAACGGCAAACGGCACACGGCAAGCUGGUGUUCGUAACGGCGAGCGAUCGCCGCUGGAGUCUGGCCCACCGUCGACCCUUUUAACAAACUUCACCGCACGGAGGCAUUCCGGCUCGCGAGCGAUCGUCGCAGCAGAUCUGGCAGGAAGAAUGCCCUCCUCGGUAUGCCGUCGGGAGAUCCGUGUACGACCUGGGCGCCAACUGCUGCAGCGCGCGAAUCCGUGGCACGGUCUGUGCCGGGAUAGACUCUCUUAUAUGAACCUGGGAACCUUCUUGCUCUGCCGCCCGGAUAGGUAUGUCUGCGAUGCGCGUUUAUCCCGAGACCAAUGCAGUCGCGCGCAAUCAGGCUUCAGGGACUUGAUGCACUAUGUCUUUGCUCAGGGUGCUGGCGCAACCUUGGAUGACCCGUAUCUUGUGGCGCCGCUCGCACGACACCUCUUCCGCAGCGUCCGUUGCCAAAAGGGAUAGAUUGGGGAACCGAUUUGUGAGCCAAGUCGCACCGAAAUGCGACUUGGAAUGUCUUGUUCUAUGUCUCAUGCGUAGAUUGCUCGCAACCCAUAAUCGUCACAUUGAUUUUCGGCUUGGAUCUGCUGUGUGGCGAUUAAUAUCCUUUCCAGGCUGCACUCGACAUUCGGGAUAUGUACGGAAUGGAAAGUGGCCUCCCUCUCGGUUCGCUGUCACCUGCUCACAGGUCGCCUAACCUCGCAACAUCUACUUCCAAUCCAGCAUGGAAGGGAAUGCCGAUGUGCACUUACUAGUCCUAUUGCUACUUACUUCUAUGUUAUGGAAAUCGAACUACAGCACUAGUACGCUUCCCCGGAAAGUUCCUAUCACGGUGCUACUUCUUCGGGAAGUCACCGGAAUCUGCAGACUGUGUUCGUUGCCUGGCCUGGCCCUUCUGCAUUGCGUGCUGAGCUAUUCUGCCAUAUCAGUGGCGGGGAAUCGCAGUCCCCGGCGGUGACCGUGCCUUUCGAAUCUCCGGUGUUCCUCUGUAAGCAGACUUACAUUGGCAUUUGACGCUUUGAUCUUAUCUUGCCGAUCGCUCCCUGUCCGAUGCUCUUUUCGACUUCCAUUGCUGUGGGCCGUAAGCUGUAGCCCACUCUCAUCAUCUUGAAUGCAUCUGAGUGCUGUUCGGCUGGCAUCCGUUCUAUCCUCUGUGAUCGCUUGUUUGUCGGUUCCGCGUAGGGGGUCCCUUCGAGCAGGCCAUGCCGCCGCAACGUGUGUGAUGAGAACGUGUUUGUUCUUUCUCGGAUUUGUCGUGGUACCAAAGAUGCACAUCUACGCAUGCGUGCAUCAGCGACUACACCGCUGCCGUGGGAGGAGACGAGGUAUUUGGAGACACAGACCAGACUAUUCGGGGUGCGAUACGAAUCGUGUCUGGGUGGAAUGCUGAUGCACUGCCACCAACGUUGUUUCAUGUCUUCGAUGUCGUGUCGUCGUCCCCCCUGCAAGUUCGGGAUCACGGAUUCCAUUCCGCUUUCCGACCCAGGAUCCGACCCCAGAAAUGUAAUUCAGCAGGGUGGCCCCAAAUGGGCGCUUUGUGAAUGGUCUGCGGAGCCGUGGUGUCCGAUCGCGAAUUCAGCCAAACAGCAAACAAUUGUCACGCUACACCCACGGCCUCUCCUAACUUGGUAGCAGGCGCGAGAUGGCCCCGGCGCUGCGCGGAACGGCGGGCUCGAAGACGAGCUGUGCUGGCACGGGGGGUCUGGUUACGAUUGCGUCAAAGUACGAAACUGGGGAUGGAUCGCACCUCAAGGCUUUUCCGUAACAGCAUCCUGUUGUUACCCACGUUCAGAUCUAACUGCGGUCGGUAUAAAGGGACGAAGCGCAAUGAGGCUGGCCAACACGCACGGAAGUUACCCAUAAAAGCCUGUCUUAUCAGCCGCCGCUCUUUCAUUCGGACAGCCUGCCCCCCAUGUCUGCCACACCCGCUACAAUAUCUGCACUACCCCCGUGCUACCCCUCCGCGCCGAGCUACUCUGUUGAGCCCGCGCCCGACGAGAAGCGGCUGGAGUUCAGCAGACGAUACCACUCGCGUGCACAACCGACGGGCAACUUUGUUAAGCGCACAGAGGACGCCGCAGUCGUGUUGCUCGAGCAGGACGACGAUGCGGAGAUCCCCGUGUAUGGACGCGGCGCGUCUAUCAGAGGGUUCGUCACUAUUGACCAGGACCGAGAGCUCGUUUCCGAGGUCGUAGUCAAAAUCAAAGGCAGAAUCGAGGCCAUGGUCUCCGAAGCGGGCGCCCAUAGGCAAACGAUACUGGAUGACUCGCACACGCUGUGGUCCUCAUCGUCGUCGCGAAACAGUUCCGUCUGUCCCGGAGCUGUGCCAUUCGUGGUGACCCUCCCCACCCAUUUCAAGCACUACUCGCCGACCGGGGCGCGAGAUCUCUCGCUGCCCGCAUCCUACGAGCUGCCGAACUCGACUGUUCCCGGCCUGUUUCUCAGGAUAUCAUAUAUCAUGCAGAUCGUGGUGACCCGCGUUCGAUCUCAGCGAUGGAACUUCAUUGCCAAGAAAAGCAAGCUCGUGUGUGUCCCGUUCAAAUAUAGCCCCCGCUCGCAACCCGCGGCGCCGAUCCACCCGGUGUCUGACUUUUUCCUGGACAUCAAGACGAUGCCGGAGGAGUUCCGGCAGAUCGUCUGGCAGCUCACGCCGCGGCCAAAAUCGAGCGUGGAUCCGCUGGACCUGCAGCUCUUCCUGCCGGCCUCCGGCGUUUUCGCACUGGACGACACGCUGCCCUUCCACGUCCAUCUGUCCGGCCCCCGUGCGUCGCUGCGGCGCUUCGCCCCGGCGUCUGUGUCUGCGGCUGCGGGGGACGAGUCGCUUGCGGUGAUGCUCGUGAGGCAGAUCGUGUACGACCACCACGGCCAGCGCGCGGCGCGGACCAUGCCGAUCGGUCAUGCGCAGUUGUCGUGCUGCCCGCCCCAGCCUGGUGUCGCACCGGAUGGCGACGGCUCGCCAGCAAGCCUGGACUGGACCGGCGAAGUCAGGUGCAGCGAGCAGACGCAGGUCGCGAGCUUCAUGGCGGGGUCGAUCUGCGCGCAGGACUUUUUCGUCGUGCAGUUCCGCCCGGCGGGCUGUAAAACCAGCCAGCUGUAUACCACGCUUCGGUUCUCGCUACCGGUCAGGAUUGUCACUGAAUCGUGGAUGGAGAACUCGUGGCUGCGCUGAUGUCGUGUUAUCUGUCCCUUCUUGUACUAUAACCACCUAGAAAUUACGAAUGUAUGCAAUACCGACGCGUUGUGUCACAUCUCACGUGCGCCCAGCUACAC